GUCUUUCGUUUCCUUUUCCCAUUGCAUUCGUCUCAAAUCCGAGUAGGCCAGAUGCGAUCAUAGUCUGCGACGAUGCCAUCGACUUCUGUUGACGAUGCCUCUGCUGCGACACGUUUCUCUCCGCCCUCAUCUCCACGCCCUCCUCAUCCUACAGAGCUCCCGUAUUCUCCUUCAGCCGCAGCGCUCUCUAUGACCCUCUCCCCUUCUUCUCCAUCACUCGUCGACGCCGAAUCUGUCGUCGACAUCUCCCCUUCGCUGGACAAGGAGGAAGCUCUCGUUGUGGCGCCCGCCGACGAACCGCGAGCUGACAACAAUGCUGCGUACUCGUCAUCCGCCAUCAAGGAGGGGAGUAUGGACGGCGCGCCAUUAAUGCGCAUCCUCGGGGUAAACUAUGAGCCUCCGGGCGGGCGUGUGAGUCCCGCUCUGUCAAACACAGGAUCUAUUGGGAAGGAAGACAACUUGGAAUGGCGCGAAAAGACCGAGGAGCGCUCGCCCACGUCCCCGCAGCGCACCGAUAUACACCCGCUGCGCCUCGAUAUACAGCCGCCCACACCCCCGCCAUGGGAGACCGCCGAACCACCAGACGACAAUCAUAUGGAAUUUAAACGGGAAGCAUCGUUUAUGAACAACAAACAACCCACCCGCCGUUCCAUACCCAUCUCUUCGUACUACUUCGGGCCCCCGCCUUUGGACUGUGCGUAUGGCACUGAGCCGAUCGGGCAGAUUGGAGUGCACCACCCGCGAGAGAUUGUCAGGGUGGAGAGGGACUACUCGGUUGGUGAGAUCGUGCAGUUUUCGCCGACAUACCCGCUGGAGCUCGAAGGUCGCAUCACACCAACGCAGUUCCUCGAGACUAUAAAUGCGAUCAAUGAAUUGCUCAUUUCCGCGCACAGUCUCCGGCACUCGCUCCUCGACAAUGCACUUGAUAUCUUCUCAUUACAUCUGUCGAGGCUCUUGAUAUCCUCCCAUUAUGACAAGGAGAUGAGCCGGCUGCGUCGGCUCAUCGACGAUAUAAACAAGGAGCUAUAUAACCCUGUAGGAUUGAACAUUUUAUGGCCACGUCAGGUGGCCUUCUUGUUCUUCGAAAUUGAAUACUACUAAAACCUUAUUCCCCCGCAUACAUCGCAUAUCCUUAUCGGACUGAUCGUUGCAUAUACUCUAUCCGUAUCAUUACUUUUUGUGUUGUCGUUCGCUCCUUACCUCCCUGUUCCGCUCUGUGCUUACCUAUCCAGUUCAUAGCGUCCUGUCAGGGUCUUCGGCCCAGUCACUUUCCAGAUGAAGUGGCUCCAAUAUACCCAUCGGACUUGCGUCCAUUCCUAGUCCAUGCCCUGUCCUUCUGAGGUAUUGGUUUUCGGCGUGCGAGUCCGCGGCUACAUGGAGAUUCCAUCCGGAAUGGAAUUGAACGUCAUCAUUGGCACGAGCUACAUAUGUAUGUAUGCGGUAACGCAACUCCUUGCUCUGCGCUCGAGACGCCUCUGAAAGCGAUGCCGCGCAUAGCAUCACCUGCGCGGCACGGUCUGACUUUGUGUGGCUUGCAGUGCCGAUGCCCGAGGACAGCGGGCGUGAUGGAUCCGCAAUGGGUCCUCGUAGCGCUGAACGGGCACCAGGCGGUGCACCGUCUACGUCUAUUGGAGCGCUGCAUACAGUUGAUCGCAAACACCUGUCAGUUGUUGGCGCGGCGCUUAUGGCCUUGUCACGACCAGACAUAUCCGGGAUGGUAGCAUGGCACGCCUUUGUCUACUCUAGACCGACCAAAUACCGCUCGUGAUUGGCGCAAAUAGGACGACGACCGUGCUCCAUACGUUCAGCGCCCUCAUUCCAAGGCACGAUCAUAUCGACGAUGUCUAGCAAAGCAUGCCCACUUUGAGUAGAUAGGUCAGAAUAGUGUCUAGAAAGCGAAGCGAAGUCUAGCGAAGUCUAGAUAACAUGCAGAUCUGGGGGCGUAUCAUCGGGGCGUCGCUGGAUAGAUUUGUCAAUAAAGCGGGGGCCAUCAGAUUCAGAUGUGGGUAGGGUGCCCAGUGGGUGCCCUCGUCGAUGCCAGCGGCUGCGGGCGACGAUGAUAUCGCAGCUCGAUGAACCAAACGGAACUUCAUGAUCUCCCUUCGCUCUUCGCGAAUGCGAACGGAUCACUUCUGUGGAUACUGUUCCCAUGACAUUGGGCGCAAUCUUGGCCCUAGAUGAGAGGGACUGUUCGGGCCUUGCGGCCUUAUGUGCGGAACCUAUGUUUCCGCUUCGCGCCUUGCAGUGCAGCCCCUUUUGUUUACGGAACAGAGCGAGAUGCUGGCGUCCCUGUCCAUACGGGCGCCUAGUCGCUGCUCUAAGAAGCGACGAUGGUUUCUCUGAUUCCUCGACCCUCGAUGUAGGCUUCAUCGCUACGUUCUAGAUUGGACACGUGGACACGUCUGGUACUUAUCUCUCCGCACCGCGGUCUGUGAUCGCCCUCGGACCGCAAUGCAGCGCGACCUCUGCGGUCGCCAGUUCCGAUCGCGGGGAAGAUAGGGACGGAAGACUAAAUUGAGCCUGUUUGAGAAGUAUUUGUGUGUAGGGUCUCGUAUGCGGGACGGAAAAUGCCGAUGACCGAA